AUGUCCGGCGUUGGUAAUUGUGUGAUUGCGAGGGCAACCUACUACGAGACUUCAUCUUCUGAGGAGGAUAGGAGUGCGACCUGGGUGAAGAGGAAGAUUAGCCAGGAGAAGAAGAUAGAAAGAGACAGGAAGAAGGCCGGAAAGAAGGCCCGAAAGCCCACGGUUUACAAGGGAGUAGAGACUCAGAGCUUUCUAGCUUGA